UUGGGGCUGGGCCCUGGUGUGGCCCAGUGGCCCAUCAGGUGGGUCGCCUCUUUUCCUCCAUGGAGCCUCUGCCUCCCGGCCUGGGCCAUCUGCACCUCCCCUUCCUGCUCCUGCUGCUCCUGCCUCGCUUGGGCCCGGCCACCGCCGAGGAAACCGACUGGGUCCGCCUGCCCAGCAAGUGCGAGGUGUGUAAGUACGUGGCUGUGGAGCUGAAGUCGGCCUUUGAAGAAACCGGGAAAACCAAGGAAGUGAUUGACACGGGCUAUGGCAUCCUGGACCGAAAGGCUUCCGGGGUUAAGUACACCAAAUCGGACCUCCGGUUAAUCGAGGUUACCGAAACCAUCUGUAAGAGGCUACUGGACUACAGCCUGCACAAAGAAAGGACUGGCAGCAACAGGUUUGCCAAGGGCAUGUCCGAGACGUUUGAGACGCUUCACAACCUGGUGCACAAGGGGGUGAAGGUGGUGAUGGACAUCCCUUACGAGCUGUGGAACGAGACCUCCGCCGAAGUGGCCGACCUCAAGAAACAGUGUGACGUGCUGGUGGAAGAGUUCGAAGAGGUGAUUGAGGAUUGGUACCGGCACCACCAGGAGGAGGAUCUCACCCUGUUCCUCUGUGCCAACCACGUGCUGAAGGGGAAGGACACGAGCCGCGUGGACAGGCCGAGGAGGAUGCCGCCCCCGCUUAGCUGGCAGACCAGGCCGCUUCCCCCCACCCCCCUCCCGACACGACACGAGAAGCUGAGGAUGCGGUGUCCCCGAGGAACCAGAGGACGGGCAGAGACUGCUGAGGGUCAGGGAGGGGGCAGAGCCUCGCCAACUCCAUCGAGGCACGCCGGGUGCUGCCCUGGAGGCGGGGGAAGCUGGGCCCAAAGCCAAGCCCGUCUCCAGCGUCCCUUCCCCGGGGGUGCCAGGAGGGCCUCCAUCCCCCACACCUGGCAGUAACGGCUCCUUUGGCGUUAAGCAUGUUCUCCCCUUUUCAAAGAGGAGAAAGAAAACGGCUUGCAGCCACAACUGUGCCCCUAUAGAACAACCGAAGAUGGGUUAGUCCCACCCCCGUUCUGUCAAUCAGUGGUAUUUACGAAAACUUACUGUGUACAGAACACCGUACUAAGUGCUUGAGAGAGGACAAUAGAGCGGACACGAUCCCUGCCCUCAAGGAGCUUCCCAGAAGGGUCGCUUGGCGACGCCUUCUGUCCCCCUGGGCCCCGAAGGGGUCUGUCUUACCUCAAGCUAUUUUCUAAUCACGGUCUGACCCGAUCUGACCGUCUCUUCUGAGACAAGCUUGGGUGUGGGGCUAGGCCUGGGAAGCCAGUCAGCAGGCUCAGUUAAGGCUCAGUUCUCCCCUCUGCCCCAUUUCCCCCCCCAGCAAUAUCCCAGGACACUUGAUGGGGAAAGGGGUGAUUUUUUUUCAGAAACAGUCCAGGAAAGGGAAAGGGAUCACCACCAACAACCUUAGGGGGUCAAGAUGGGCCCGGCCUCUAACGGGCCUUACAUCUCUGGGUCUUGAUCUUAAAACCCUUACUGUGGUGAGAGGGCCUGGGGGGCAGAUCCUCAGUGAGGGUGCUCCUGACCCAUUGCCGCAGCCUCGUGGCGUUUCUGCGUGCCCAUGCGGUGAAGCUGGGCUGGCAGGGUCUCGGCGGCUCCUGCCCUUUUCCUGGGGCGUUGACUUCCCUGCCCAAUCCCCAGCUGCUGCAGCAGCAGCGGCGGUUGGUCUCAGCCCAACCUACCCCCCCACCUCGUUGCUCUUUGAACCGCUGCUGAGGCCACCACCUCCGUCCCACCUCUACCCCCCGCCCAGUGCACUCCACCUGGCCGGCCUCCGCGGCUCUGCCUGCCUGGAAACCGGGACCGGGGCCAGGCCCCUGGGCCUAAGGAGGCUCCGGCACAAACCCAUCCCGCUUUCUCCGCCCUUGUCCCAGUGGCUGCCUUCGCCUCCCCAGCCUGCCUCCUUCCCAUUUCUUCCUCGCCCCCACCCUUGAAUGUCAGUCAACCCCGCAACUCUAACCCGCCAUUCACAUGCCCCCAGGCCCCCUUCCGCCUCCACCCCCAAAAAUGUAGGGUACUGGCGUUCGGCCACAAUCUCAAAUAAACCCCCUGCUAAAAAUCCAACCCUUCCUCUUUCUUCCGUCAGCCUUGGCUCCGUUUCCCCCGACCCGUGCCGUGGGGAAAGAGUUGGAUUCUCAGACUUCUCUCCCCUUGCCCACCACCCACAUAGUCUCAUAUUCUCUCUCUCUCUCUGUAGCAGCCUGAAAUUUACAGCCUGAAUAGGUAAGCCAGAUCCCGUUUUUCAUACCCGUGACCCCGAACUGGUCAUCGAGUCCCUCCCUGGUUAGAACUGCAAUUCCAGCCCCCAUCCCAGAAGCUGAUAACCUCCACUCCCAGCCCUCCCUCAGGGCCCCUCACGGUCUCCCACGCUGCCAGGACGAAGGGGCAGACCCGGUGGGGGAGGUUUCCCACACCUGGUGGGGAUCGUCUCAGGUCUCCUGUCCAUCCGACUGCGGUGGGCAGAGGAGCCACCUGGGCAGGAAGUCAGAGCAAAAAGG